AUGAUUUUUCCAAAGGUAAGAUUAGUGAGCUCCGAAGGAGAGGAAUUUGCGGUUGAUGUACGUGUUGUAACAGCGUCAACAUUAGUGAGAAAUAUAAUAGAGGAUGUUGGUAUUGAUGAUCCCGUUCCACUCCCAAAUGUAAGAGGAGAUGUAUUACGUAAAGUACUCGAUUAUUGCGAAUAUCAUGUUGACAAUCCCUCUAGAGAAAUUCCAAAGCCUCUAAGAAGUAAUAGUUUGUCUAACAUAGUAUGCGAAUGGGAUGAAGAGUUUGUAAAUAUUCAACAAGAGUUUUUGUUUGAACUUAUGUUGGCAGCGAAUUAUUUGGACAUUAAACCUUUAUUAGAUUUAUCCUGUGCUAAAGUUGCAACUAUGAUUAAGGGGAAGAAGGCAGAGGAAAUACGUCAAAUAUUUAAUAUAGAAAAUGAUUUUACUCCAGAAGAAGAAUCUGCAAUAAGAGAAGAAAACAAAUGGUGCGACGAACCAUAA